AAGUUCACAACCUGUUAACGAUUAACAGACUUGCAGUCCGGUAAACCAACACUUCAGACUACAGACGUGCGGGAUGUUUGAGAUGGCUGGACCUCUUCAAUCUCCACUCAGAAUAAUAAACGUUCUGGUUGUCCAUCUUCUCCUGGCAGACUUCUGUAGAGGUCAGUUUCAGUUAACUGGUCCACCUCAGCCAAUAGUGGCAACACUGGGUGAUGACAUCAUUCUGCCAUGCCAUUUAGUACCUGGAAUGGAUGUUACUGGCAAGACACUGGAGUGGACGAGACCUGAGCUGGAUCCCAGAUUUGUGUUUGUGUGGCGUGCUGGCCAGGACCAUGUAAAUUUAAAAAAUCCAUCCUACAAAGGAAGGACGUCACUGUACACUGAUGCACUGAAGCGUGGAGACAUUUCACUGAAACUGUCCAAUGUGAAAACUUCAGACAGGGGAAGAUACAAAUGCUACAUUCCAGAUUUAAGUACAGUGUCUUUCGUUGAGCUUGUUGUAGCAUCACGUGCUGUUUCCGGGCCUACCGUCUGUCUAUCAGGGCUGGACAGAAACAAAGGAGCAGUGGUUCUGCAGUGUAAGUCUACAGGCUGGUAUCCAGAACCUGAGGUGUUCUGGCUGGACGGUGAGGGAAACCUCCUCUCUGCUGGACCUACAGAGACAGUCAGAGGUCCUGAUGACCUCUAUACUGUCAGCAGCAGAGUGACUGUGGAGAAGAGACACAGCAACAGCUUCACCUGUAGAGUCCAACAGAACCACAUCAACCAGAUCAGAGAGACACACAUACAUGUUCCAGAUGAUUUCUUUGAGGUCCAGUCCAGUUCUUCUUCUACCACAGCUGGUUUGUCUGUUAGUUUGGCUGUUUGCAUCCUGGUUAUUCUGAUUCUUGGCUUUCUUUUGUGGAGACAAUACAAGACAAGAGAGAAGAAACAAAAUGGUGAAGUGCCCACAGAAGAGGAAGAGAAGCUGAUGAAGGUAUUGUACAAGCAGAAGUUAAAGGAGGAGCAGCAGGAGUUAAAGGAGGAGCAGCAGAGCAGAGAGGAAGCUGAGAACAGAGUUCAGAUCCUGGAGGAGGAGCUGCAGAAGAAGAACAGAGAGGUUUGGAUUUAUAUUCUUCACAGAACUUUUAUUUUCAGCCUCCUACCUGAUUCAUUUAAUCCACCUUCAGAUCUGUCAAAAUGAGACCAUGAUGGUUUUCAUCACUGAGUGUUUCUGUCUGCUGGUUCUGAUGAACACCAGUGUGUAACUGUACAAAGCUGUUUGUCUGUUACUGUUGUUGUGUUUCCUUGUUGUCUUAAUGAA